AUGUAUCUAUCUAUCUAUCUAUCUAUCUAUCUGGUUCAUCCACCUAUGUAUCGAGUUCAUCUGUCAAUCAACCUGGUUCUUCGUUAUAUCUAUCUAUCUAUCUAUCUAUCUAUCUAUCUAUCUAGCUAUCUAGCUAUCUAUCUAUCUAUGUAUCUGAUCCAUUUCUCUAUAUAUCAACCUAAUUCAUCUAUCUAUCUAUCUAUCUAUCUAUCUAUCUAUCUAUCUAUCUAUCUAUCUAUCUAUCUGGCUCAUCUAUCUAUGUAUCUGAUCCAUUUCUCUAUAUAUCAACCUAAUUCAUCUAUCUAUCUAUCUAUCUAUCUAUCUAUCUAUCUAUCUGGUUCAUCCACCUAUGUAUCGAGUUCAUCUGUCAAUCAACCUGGUUCUUCGUUAUAUCUAUCUAUCUAUCUAUCUAUCUAUCUAUCUAUCUAUCUAUCUAUCUAUCUAUCUGGCUCAUCUAUCUAUGAUUCUGAUCCAUUUCUCUAUAUAUCAACCUAA